GGGAUGCCGCCGGGCAGCCGGAUGCCCAUGGCAGGGCUGCAGGUGGGACCACCGGGAGCCCCCCCCUACGGAGCAGCCUCCCCGAUGAGACCCGGCCUGCCGCAGUCGAUGAUGGACCCCUUCAGGAAGCGCCUGCUGACCCCCCAGGCACAGCCGCCACUGGCCACCCAGAGGAGAGGGGUGAAAAGGAGGAAGAUGGCUGACAAGGUCCUGCCACAGAGGAUCCGGGAACUGGUCCCAGAAUCCCAGGCCUACAUGGACCUCCUCGCCUUUGAGCGCAAGCUGGACCAAACCAUCGCUCGGAAGAGGAUGGAGAUUCAGGAGGCCAUUAAGAAACCGCUGACGCAAAAGCGGAAGCUGAGGAUUUACAUCUCCAACACUUUCACCCCAGCCAAAGAAGAAGGGGAGGGUGGUGAGCGUGUGGCCUCCUGGGAGCUACGUGUGGAGGGCAAACUGCUGGAGGACCCGAGCAAGCAGAAGAGGAAGUUCUCCUCCUUUUUCAAGAGCCUCGUCAUCGAGCUGGACAAAGAGCUGUAUGGGCCAGACAACCAUCUGGUGGAGUGGCACCGGCUGCCCACAACCCAGGAGACUGAUGGCUUCCAAGUGAAGCGUCCCGGCGACGUCAAUGUGAAAUGCACUCUGCUGCUCAUGCUGGAUCACCAGCCACCACAGUACAAACUGGACCCUCGCCUGGCUCGCCUGCUCGGGGUGCACACCCAGACCCGCGCCAGCAUCAUGCAGGCGCUCUGGCUCUACAUCAAGCACAACAAGCUGCAGGACAGUCACGAGAAGGAGUACAUCAACUGCAACCGCUACUUCCGCCAGAUCUUUAACUGUGUCCGCAUGCGCUUCUCUGAGAUCCCCAUGAAGCUGGCGGGGCUCCUGCAGCACCCAGAUCCCAUCAUCAUCAACCACACCAUCAGCGUGGACCCCAAUGACCAGAAGAAGACGGCCUGCUACGACAUCGACGUGGAGGUGGAUGAUCCCCUGAAAGCUCAGAUGAGCAACUUCCUGGCUUCCACCACCAACCAGCAGGAGAUCGCCUCCCUGGAUGCCAAGAUUCACGAGACCAUUGAAUCCAUCAACCAGCUGAAGACGCAGCGUGAUUUCAUGCUGAGCUUCAGCAACAACCCGCAGGAUUUCAUCCAGGAAUGGAUCAAAUCCCAGAGGAGGGACCUCAAGAUCAUAACGGACGUGAUCGGGAACCCCGAGGAGGAGCGGCGAGCAGAGUUCUACCAGCAGCCCUGGGCGCAGGAGGCUGUGGGCAGACACAUCUUCGCCAAGGUCCAGCAGCGUCGGCAGGAACUGGAACAAGUGCUCGGGAUCCGCCUCACCUAAGGGGGCCCGGCGGGGGCUCGGGAGCUCCUUCUCCUCUCCCUGCUGCCUGAGCUCGACGGUACUUCUUACUGGAAUCAAAUACAGCACUUGCACAAGCCCUACGUGCCUGGAGGGAUUUGGAGCCACUAGCACCCCUGGGCUCCCCUCGGCCGGGAAGCUCUAGCCACAGGCAGAGCACAGCGGAGGGUCCCCCGGUUCCCCCCAAAGUCCCGCUGCAGCCCUUCUGCUGCAUUAACGCGUCCUGCUUUUGCAUCGUGCCCUUCGCCUCUUCCCCGUAGCACUGAACGCAGCCCUCCUGCUCGCUCCCCUCCUCUGGCCAAAAGCCCUCCUUGGAGUUGCUGCCCAGCAGGGAAAAGCUGCCCGUGCCGAGCGGGAGGCGCUGCCUGCCCUGCCAGCCCUCCCCGAGCCCAGCCGCUGCCAAGGCAGGCCUGGCCCUGCCCCUCUUCAACCAAAGUUUUGUCAUUCCAAACGCCAGCCCCCUGCCCCCGCUGGUGCCCGACGUUUUGCACUAUUUUUGUGAACAGGUUUUAUAAAAAAAAAAAAAAAAAAAAAGGAAGCGUUUUGUACAGUGGGUUUGUAUUUGAUUAAUAUAUUGAGUUCCUCUUACUGCACUCAUUGCCUCAAUCUAUGCAGUGGUUCGUGGUGUUCUCAGAGGGCUGGCUCGGCCCAAGCUGUUCUUUUUAUACGUAACCAAGUUUUUUAGCGUUAAGUUUCUGACAAUCAGUUGAUUAUUCCACC